AUGAAGCUUAGUCUUAUCGCCAGUGCAUUGAUGGUAGCCACUUUGGCUAGUGCAAAGCCUCUCUCUUAUCAAGACCCCACUAAUGACAUGGCUCCUUUGUACAUUUCCCCUGAUGCUGAGGUGAUUUCCAAUUCCUAUAUUGUAGUACUCAAGGACAAUCUGCGAUCCCAUGAAAUCAAAGAGCAUGCCUCUUGGAUCAGCGCUCUCUCUGAAAAAGCGAAUGAUAACUACAAAAUCACUGACUGGUUGAAUCCUCAUGUUGCCAAGGCUGGUAUUGCUCAUGUCUAUGAUACCCCCAACCUCAAGGGUUACGCUGGUAGAUUCGACGACCAUGUAUUAGAGGCUAUCCGCCAAUCAGACGAUGUUGCUUUUGUAGAGCAUGAUUCUAUGGUUUAUGCAAAUGAAUUGCAACGUAAUGCUCCCUGGGGUCUCUCUCGUGUCUCUCAUGCUGAUCCACUCACAUUCAAGAAUUAUCAAAAGUACGAAUACAACCCUGAUGGUGGUGAAGGUGUGAAGGUCUAUGUUAUCGAUACUGGUGUCAAUGUAGAUCACAUUGAUUUUGAUGGUCGCGCAGUUUGGGGCCAUACUGUACCUAGUGGUGAUCGUGAUGAAGAUGGAAAUGGCCAUGGUAGCCAUUGUGCUGGCACCAUUGCUGGUAAGCGUUAUGGUAUUGCCAAGAAAGCGCAACCUGUUGCUGUUAAAGUCUUGAGAAGCAAUGGUAGUGGUACAAUGAGUGAUGUUGUACGUGGUGUUGACUGGGCCACUACUGAGCAUCUCAAGGAAGCAGCCUCUGCCAAGAAGAACAACAAGAAAUACAAGGGCGCUGUUGCCAAUAUGAGUUUGGGAGGCGGCAAAUCUCCAUCAUUGGACCUUGCUGUCAACGGUGCGGUUGAUUCUGGUAUCGUCUUUGCUGUUGCUGCUGGUAACGAUAAUCGUGAUGCUUGUGAUUAUUCACCUGCCGCAGCUGAGCUGGCCAUCACAGUCGGUGCCUCCACUAUCCAAGAUGAGCGUGCCUACUUCUCCAAUUAUGGCUCUUGUGUAGAUGUGUUUGCUCCUGGUUUGAAUAUUCUGUCCAUCUGGAGAGGCAGUCGCUAUGCUACAAAUACUAUCUCUGGUACAUCAAUGGCUUCCCCUCACGUAGCUGGUCUUGCCGCUUAUUUCUUAAGUUUGGAAGAAGGUGAAGUUACACCCAAGUACAUCAAGGACAAGAUUUUGAACCUGGCCACCAAGGAUGCUCUUGAAAAGAUCCCCGAUGAUACUCCCAAUCUUCUCAUCUAUAAUGAUUCUGGCGAGAAGGAUUUCAAGAGAAAGUUAACAGAUGCUGUCGAUAGUGUCGAUGGAAUUUUGAAGGGCUUCCUUGGAGAUAUUUAA